AACUCAUCCAUCAUUUUUGUGAGCAAUACAACUAUAGAGUUUCUCCCAUCUUCUUGUGUCUUGUUCUUGUGAGUUGAGUGAGUUUGAGAGCUUGUGAGAAGGCUGCCUAGCAUCUCUAACGGAAUUGAGAGCUAGGGCCGCACGACCAAGAGUAAGGCCGUGACAGUUGGUAUCAGAGCCUGGUUCUGAAAGAAGAACCGGUGUCCUCACUCCCCAAGAAGGAAGAUAAGAAAGAGCGAGAGCCUCACCAAAGAUGGCUGGAUCAGAAGUCCACGACGAUGCGGAGAAGCACCGUGGAAGGGAUACCGUGAAGAAUCCCAAACCAAAGGGUGACAAGUCAAGUACUCGUGAUCCUAUGACGUCUCUAGAGAGGCGUGUCUCUAGAGUGGAAGUGAAGUUGGCGAAAGACAUCAGUUCCAUCGAGGAUUUGGGAGCGAACUUCACCCAAGUCGAAAGUGAUAUUCAAGGUAUGAAUGCUCGUUUGUCGAGCUUGGAGAUUGGUCAUGAUGGCAUACGAGAAGAGCUUGUGGCCCUCAUCAACAACACCAUCAACACAUCCUUGAACAACGCCAUUGAAGUUGUGAAAGAGCAUGUCCAGGCUGAGCUGGUCGGCAUGAAGGAGGAGAUUGCAGACCUCAAGAGUAAGGUCACUCUCGUGAAGAGAGCCAUGGCUAACGGACCUGCCAUUGCACAACCUACCUCAACCAUGGAGGUUCCUAGACCAAAGAGCUUUCAAGGGUCGAGGAAUGCAAGGGAGUUAGAGAACUUCCUAUGGAGCUUGGAGCAAUACUUCGAAGCUUCGGGUAUUCAAGAUGAGAAUACCAAGGUAAAAACUGCACCUCUCUACUUGAGUGAUGUUGCCAUGCUGUGGUGGAGAAGGAUCCAAGGCGAUAUCAAUAAAGGGGCGUGCGUGAUGGAGUCAUGGGAUGACUUCAAGAGGGAGAUCAAGAGGCAAUUCUACCCAGAGAAUGUUGAGUUUGAAGCCCGGUCGAGACUAAGGAGGCUUGCUCACGAAGGAGAGAUUCGAGGGUAUGUGAAAGAGUUUUCUGAAUUGUUGCUCGAGAUCUCCGACUACACCGACAAGGAGGCCAUGUUCACCUUCCUUGACGGCCUCCAACCAUGGGCGAAGUUGGAGCUACAACGGCGAGGCGUGCAAAGUCUUGCCGAGGCAAUGGCGAUUGCCGAGUCCCUAGUCGAGUACCACGAGCCGGAGGAACGUGCGGAGUUCGGAGGCAAUGGAGGUGGACGCGACUAUGAUAGAGACACACGAAGGCGUGGUAGACCGGACCAAGGAGGUAGUCAUAAGGUUGAGAAACCACUUACUUGCUUUCUUUGUGAUGGUCCACACCGUGUGAGAGAUUGCCCAAGAAAGCACAAGUUGUCGGCAAUGAAGGCCGUACUGGCAGAGUGCUCGAGUUCGGAAGAGGAAGCAGAGGAGGCUCCAAGAGUGGAGCCCCAUGUCGCGAAGAUCGGUUGCAUGAAGAGAUUGAGCGCCAUCAAGCGGGCGGAAGAGCCUCUCCAACCCGAGAAGCACGGCCAAUGCUUCGUAGAGGCGAAGCUCAACCAAAGGAAAACAAAAGCUUUGGUUGAUACUGGGGCAAGUUGCAACCUUCUUGACGUAGGUGAAGCGCAGAGGCUAGGCAUCACGUACGAGAAGAAGCAAAGAGGGUGGAUGAAAGCUACCAACUCAAGGGCCACAAGAACUCAUGGAGUAGCGCGCCAGGUGCCACUCAAGCUUGGAGGAUGGACCGGGGUGGCAGACUUUGAGGUUGUGUCGUUGGAUGAUUAUCAGGUCAUCAUCGGCAUGGAAUUCAUGAUGCGGGAGAAAGCUUUCCCGAUUCCCUACGCCAAUAGAUUCUGCAUCAAUGGCGGAGCAAGAUCGGUUCCCAUGACAAGAGAGCAACUCGAGUCAAACAAGAGGUGUUUGGCAAGGCAAGAGCAGCGAGGAGUGGCAACGAUGGUGGAGGCAGAGACUCACUCGAAGACUCGUUGGAGAAGGACGAGAAGGAGGAGUGCACAACAUCGUGGAGCCAUGAGAGACGAGGAUGUAUCAUCUUCGACUUGCCAAGAGAAGCAAGGAAAGGCCACCAUGAUCGAGAAGGCGGGACACUUGGAGACGUGACGGAGAAGACCGCGGAGGAGUGCGCAACAUCAUGGGAGCACAAGGCUCGAGAGCGAGCCAGGGCCAUCCUUGGUUUGGAGGAAGGUGCAACGAGACCUUGCAAGCAAUGAAGCUAAGGCAAGGAAGGCGUCUGCCAAAGAGCCACAACGAGGGCGUCGUGGAUUGAGUGAAGGAGAAUGUCACCAACGAGGCUCAAGAGUCGAAAGAGGCUGCUUGAGGUCGAAGGAGGCAUUUCGUAGCAAGGACGCGACGAGGGCGUCGCGAGCAUAGGUGGGGGAGGAUGUCACAUGUGGCAGAUGACAUGGCGCCAACAAGGUGACAACAUGGCGGCUGCACAUGUGGCGUGUAUGGAAGACUAGUAGCAUAGAGAUGCUCCUAGGAUUCUCCACCUAAAUGAGAGCUUAAUGGUGCACUUAUGAGUCACAUAAUGGGUGACAUUUAUAGAGUGCAUAAUGGGGGGGACUUAAUGGGUGUAUUGAUGUAGUAGAGGGACAUUAUGAGGGGCAUUGAUGCCUUGUAUGAGGAGAGGCCUAUAUAAGGAGCCAUCUCCCUCACUUGUAACUCAUCCAUCAUUUUUGUGAGCAAUACAACUAUAGAGUUUCU